GUUCUUGUGAGAGGAGCGUGAUAGUCGAUCUUCACAAAAGAAAAGAGAAACCCGCUGCUUCCAAUUCUUUCCAGGAGCUUACACAGCUCUUCCUUUUGAUUUUCGAGAAGAGAAACACUUCCAUUUAUAAGCUACCAUUUUCAACUCAAGAACAUGAGACGCCAUGGCUGGCAACGCCCUCUUCACCCAUUACAGAUAGUGGGAAUGGCUGUAUACAGUUUUCUGGUUGUCACCUUCUACACCUUCCUGGGACCCUUUCUCGGCAAUAGAGUAGUCGAGAACACUGUACUCACAGUGUUUUCCUUUGCGGCGUUUUCAGUAAUGGUUCUAUAUGUAAGGUGCACCGCCAUUGAUCCAUCUGAUAAAACUAGAUCCAAGAAGAAAAGAGGAUCGAAAUCCAGUGGGUUCUCGAAGCUGAAUUACAGGUUUAUUUUGAGUCAGAUUGUGGUGAGGUUUUUCAGGAAAUGGGAGAAGAAGAUCCUCAGGCGUUGUAUUCGGAGGAGGUAUUUGGAUACUUGGAAAACCAAUGUUCAAAUGGAGCCACUACUACUGUUUCCGCUUGUUGUGAAGGACGAUGCAAUUACACCCGAUCUGAAAGAUGAUGACAUAACAUUUUGCUCGCUAUGCGAUUUCGAGGUCAAAAAGCACAGCAAGCAUUGCAGGAGUUGCAAUAGGUGCGUCGAGGGAUUUGAUCACCAUUGUAGGUGGUUGAACAAUUGCAUUGGAAAGAAGAACUACACCACCUUCAUCCUCCUAAUGGUUUUUGUCUUGUUAAUGCUUAUCGUAGAAGGAGGAACUGCAAUUACCAUUUUCAUUCGCUGCUUUGCAGAUGGGAAAGGAACAGAAAAAGAACUGGAGCAGAAACUGUACAUUAAGUUUCCACGAGGAGUUCUUGCAACCAUAUCAGCAUUCUUGGCUUUGAUGGCAGCAUACAGUUCAGCAGCACUUGGGCAGCUUUUCUUCUUUCACAUGGUUCUUAUUCGGAAGGGAAUGCGAACAUACGAUUACAUCUUAGCAAUGAGAGAAGAAAGCCAAUCAAUGGAACUAUUCGACGAUUCAGAUUCUUCAUCUGAUGAAAGCAUUGACUUCGACUCUCCAGAAAAGCCCACUUUGAUGUCUCGACUCAUGUGCAGAGACCAGAAAACAGAUGAGAGCAUGAAGAGAUUGUCGAUAAGGGUAGAUGGAGAAUCUGGGCCUUCCACUGCAAACAAGAAGCCUAAUUUCCGUGUGGGCAUCGACCCAUGGAAGCUCAUAAAGAUGAGCAAAGAGAAGGCUCUGAUGGCAGCAGAGAAGGCCAGAGAACGAAUCACGAGACGUCCACUGCUGGCGGCAGAAUCCGAACCGCCAACGACACUGAAACCACUGCCAUCAGAGACGAAAUGUGGACCGGCAAUGAACGCAGAAGGGAAGAAGGCCGGUACUACGGUAGACAUGACGCUGUUAGUCUCUAAGGGGUGGUUGGGGGGCACCCCAGGUCGGUUUUCGAGCCCCAGGAGACGGUUCUCCAGCUCCCCAACGGCAUUCACCGGCGUGGCAGUGUCACCUAAGCAGAACUACAGGAGCAAUUUCGAUCUGAAGCUGACGUCAGUCUCGAUGGAGCUGGAGACUUAUAUCUCCAGGCAGGUGCUGUGCUCUGUUUUGAAAAAGGGCGAGGAAGAGUCCCCAAGAUAGCCGUUGCAUUUGAAUGUGUUGACCGUUUGUUUUCUUUCUCAGCCUCUGAGAAUGGUUUGGUUGCUCGGUCGUGUAUUUCGUUUAAGUUUUCGCUCAGCAUUUUUUUAAGAGAAACGAUGAUACUCUGGCAGAGUGUGAUGGAUGAUACACAAGCACUUAGAAAUUGCA